GUCAGCAAUCGUCAAUCGUUCCACAUCCAUCAGUUAAUCCGUGUGCAUUUUUUUCUUUCCUCGAACGGUUCAAUCAAAUAAAAUAUUAGCAUCAUGAUGAAAAUCACGAUUUUGGCACUGGCCGUGUGCUGCGCGGCUGUUGUAUCCGCCGAUUCCGGCGAGCAAAAAUCCAGCCACCGGGGUUACCACUCGAGACCAUCCCCAAAGGUGUACCACAGCAAGGCUGACAGUGACAGCUACGAGAACGAUGCCCCCAAGUACCAAUUCGCGUACCAAGUGAAGGCCAGCGCCCCAGUCAAGAAAUACGGCGGCAGCGGCAGCGACAGCGACGAAUACGGAAAACGCACCGAGACCAGCCACGAAUCCGCGGAAUUCGGCCACGCCGAGACCCGAGACGGCGACAGCACCAAGGGCAAAUACUUUGUUGAGUUGCCCGACGGCCGCCUCCAGACCGUCGAGUACUACGUCAACGGCGACUCGGGCUACGUCGCAAAGGUCUCCUACUCCGGCGGCGACUCGUCAUCCGCAUCCGCCGAAAAGACCUACAAGAAAUACUAAGCGAUCGACUCGUCGAAAGAAUCUCCCGGCCAAAGACCGACGAAAACAAAAGAAAACAAAAAACACCCCACAAGAUCCAAAUCAGUAAUUUAUUUAUGAAAAUUUCCCACCCUCAAUUCAGGGUAAUUUAUUGGACGACAUCUCGCGCGCGUCCGUUUUUUUUUUUUUUUGGCAAC